CGGAGGCGGCGGCGGCGGCGGCGGUUGUUGUGAGGCUGGAACCCGGAACUGCCUCGGCGGCCGACCAAACAAACCUCAGUCUCUCUUGGCCCUUGGCGACGCCUUCUCGGCUGCUGAGCAUGAAGGGCCGAGCUGAGGACGGGGCGCCUCGCGGGGAGUGAACCACCACCGGCGAGCCGCUAGUUGCGUUACGGGCAGGAGAAGCCCCAUGAGGAAGCCGAGGCCGCGGUUCCAUCAACAAAGACACAAUGCUUGAGUCGUAUGUGACUCCUAUUCUAAUGAGCUAUGUGAAUCGCUACAUUAAGAACUUGAAGCCUUCUGAUCUACAGCUAUCACUCUGGGGAGGAGAUGUCGUUCUUAGCAAGCUUGAGUUAAAACUUGAUGUACUUGAACAGGAGCUGAAACUACCAUUUACAUUUUUAAGUGGACACAUUCAUGAACUGCGCAUCCACGUACCAUGGACAAAGCUUGGUUCCGAGCCAGUUGUGAUUACAAUAAAUACAAUGGAGUGCAUUUUGAAGCUGAAGGAUGGAGUCCAGGAUGAUCAUGAAAGCUGUGGUUCAAGUUCAACAAAUCGUAGUACCACGGAAAGUGCAAAAGCAGCAGUGAAACCAAGAAGAAUUCAACAGACUACUCCUGACCCAGAUUUACCACCAGGCUAUGUACAGAGUUUGAUCUGGCGGGUUAUAAACAAUGUCAACAUUGUCAUCAAUAAUCUCAUACUCAAAUAUGUGGAGGAUGACAUUGUUUUGUCAGUCAAUAUCACUUCAGCAGAAUGUUACACAGUGGAUGAAUUUUGGGAUCGAGCAUUCAUGGACAUAUCUGCAACCGAUUUGGUCCUAAGGAAGGUGAUAAAUUUUUCUGACUGCACGGUUUGCCUAGACAAAAGAAACGCUAGCGGCAAGAUUGAAUUUUAUCAAGAUCCCCUGCUUUACAAGUGUUCGUUCAGAACUCGUCUGCAUUUCACUUACGAUAAUCUUAAUUCUAAGAUGCCAUCCAUUAUUAAAAUCCACACUUUAGUAGAAACCCUGAAGCUCUCCAUUACUGAUCAACAACUCCCUAUGUUUAUUCGAAUAAUGCAACUUGGAAUUUCACUCUACUAUGGAGAAAUAGGCAACUUUAAAGAUGGAGAAAAUGAAGACUUGGUUUGUCACACUAAGGAUGUUUUGGGGAACAUCUCAGGUGCAGAAGAUGAAAUAGGCCAUGAUAUGCAAUAUAUUUCUCCAGAAUCUUAUGUUCAACAAGAUGAUGAUCAACAGCAGGGAUGGGUGUCAUGGGCCUGGUCGUUUGUACCUGCUAUUGUGGGUAAUGAUGAUGAAGAGGGAGACUUUCUUGGAACAGAUGAUGGAACGACAAUGAAUCAGCAUAAAUCGCCAGCAGUUAAAGAUCCCAUUGUUUCUAUAGGAUUUUAUUGUACAAAGGCUACUAUUACCUUCAAGCUCACAGAAAUGCAAGCUGAAAGUAGCUAUUACAGCCCACAGAAAGUAAAAUCGAAAGAAGUAAUAUGCUGGGAGCAAGAAGGAACUACAGUAGAGGUCCUCAUGAGUGGAGAACCUUUCUUUGAUUGCCAAAUAGGCUUUGUUGGUUGCCAAGCUCUUUGUCUCAAAGGAAUUAUGGGAAUUAAAGAUUUUGAGGAGAAUAUGAAUAGAAGUGAUGCGGAGGCCUACUUUUUCAACUGUGGUGAAAAUCUGAGCACAAAAGGGAUGACAUACCUUACCAAUUCACUAUUUGAUUACAGAAGCCCUGAGAACAAUGGUGUUCAUGCAGAAUUCAUUUUGGAUGCAGCCGCUCAUAAGGAGAUGUACACAGAGAUAGCUGGAAUGCAGAGGUUUGGGGCUUUCUACAUGGAUUAUCUGUACACAAUGGAAAGCACCAGUGGCAAAGUUUUAGUGUCUGGAAACCAGCCAGAUGUGACUUCAGUAAAGAGUGAAGACUUUGGCCAUGCUCAGGAGAUGUCUACAAAAACCCUUAUUGUGGGCCCUCUCAGUCUUCGGCUUGACAGCAGUGCAGUGCACAGGAUUAUGAAAAUGAUUGUUUGUGCUCUGGAACAUGAAUAUGAACCAUAUAGCAAGUCUAAGCAAGAUUCUGUAGAUGGAAGUAAAGCUAUGCCAAGCCUAGAAGAAGUAGCAGCUUUGGAAGAAUAUAUUCCAACUCGGAUCACAAACUUCACAAUUCUGAAAUGCACUGUGACAAUCCCUAUGGCUGAAUUCAACUUGCUGGGCCACUUGUUGCCUGUUAUCAUGGGUCAAAAGAGUUCAAGCAGCCUCUUAAAUACUACAAAUCUUCAGCCUUUGCGUCCUCUGCCUUGUAUCCAAAUACUGGUGGACAAAAUGGCCCUGGAACACUCCAUGCCAAUGUAUGCUGAACAACUUGUGCAGACUGUCAGCAGCCUUAGCCAGCCAUCUGAUAACUUACUUCACUAUUGUUACUCACACUGCUAUCUUAAGAUAUUUGGUUUUCAGGCAGGGCUGUCAUCACUGGAUAUUAAUGGAUCUUACAACUCGCCAGUUUCAGUUGUUUCUCCAUUCAGUACUGCUGUUUAUGGCAAAAUGCUUAAGCUUCCUAACUACUGGUCCAAGCGUUCUCAUGUUGCAGUGGAAGAAUGUAUAUUUGAGCUUCCAAGUCUGACAAUUCAAGCAACAAGAGCCCAGACCUUCCUAAUGCAAGCUAUUUGGCAGAGUUGGGCUUAUACUGGAAAUGUUAGUUCACCAGUUGUGAAUGAAGCUUUAGUGAAUGAAGUCUUCCAACCAUCAGGUGUGAAAUCUAAGAAUCCCCUGCCAACUCUUGAGGGCUCAAUCCAGAAUGUUGAAUUGAAGUACUGCAGCACAUCAUUGGUCAAAUGUGCCUCUGGGACCAUGGGAUCAAUAAAAAUUUGUGCCAAAGCCCCAGGGGAUGGUGGAAAGGAGAAGCUGAUCCCUUUAAUUCAAGGCCCAUCUGAUACCAGAGAUUUAUACAGCAGCAAAUGGCUUAAUGAAAGCAGAAAGCCAGAGUCUCUCCUUGCUCCAGAUUUGUUUGCCUUCACAAUUCAGAUCCCUCAACAUAAAGACUACAGCUACAGUUCUGGAGCUGUGCUUUUGGCCAGCAUGCAGGGAUUAACAGUCAAUAUCGAUCCAAUUUUAUAUACUUGGCUCACGUACCAGCCUCAGAAGCGAAGCAGCAGACCGAUGCAGCAGCAGUCUGGAUCUGUUUCUCUGGGGACACCAGUGACUAGGAAAAAAGAGGAUGAGGUAUCAGUUGGAAGUAUGCCUUUGGCUAAACAGCAAUCAAAUCAGGCCUCUGAAUAUGCCAGCAGCCCUGUCAAAACAAAAACUGUAACAGAAUCACGACCUUUAUCAAUUCCAGUGAAAGCCAUGCUGAGCUCAUAUGAAAGCUGCAGCAGAAGUCCUGAGGAAAAGAUGAAAGAAUUUAUCGGUGUAUUGUGGAAUGCAGUCAAGCGCCUUACACUUCAGCUUGAAGUUCAGUCCUGCUGUGUGUUCAUUCCAAAUGACAGCCUGCCGUCUCCUAGUACAAUUGUGUCUGGAGAUAUUCCUGGGACAGUCCGCAGUUGGUAUCAUGGGCAGGCUAGCAUGCCUGGAACUCUUAUUCUUUGCUUACCUCAGAUAAAGGUUAUGAGUGCUGGCCACAAGUACAUGGAGCCUUUGCAAGAAAUUCCCUUUGUUGUGCAAAGACCAGUUCUCGAAGAAGGUGAUGCUUUCCCUUGGACAAUUAAUCUGAAUCAUUUUAGCAUAUAUACUCUUCUUGGGCAGCAAAUGACCCUGAAUAUAAUAGAACCAAUGGGCUGCACUUCUACUCUAGCAGUUACGUCGCAAGCGCUACCUGCUGCAGGACCUGAAUCCAGGCACUCAUUCUUUGUGUGUCUUCAUGUUGAUCUUGAAUCUCUUGAAGUAAAAUGCUCAAAUCCUCAGGUGCAGCUGCUGUAUGAACUAGCAGAUAUAAUGAACAAAGUCUGGAAUAAGAUUCAGAAGAAGGGUAUUUUGCACCACUCUCCAGCUUAUACAGAAUCCACUUCAGGACCUGCACCUCCAGGCUCCCCUGUCAAAAGUAGUGUUGGGACAGCUCCACCAGAUACCAGCACAUGUAGCCCAUCUGCUGACAUUGGGACAACUACAGAGGGUGAAUCUCUACAAGGUGGUGAUGAUUCUCCGUUCUCAGAUUCUGUUACCUUAGAACAAACAACAAGCAAUAUUGGCGUAUCAAGUGGACGUGUUAGCUUAUGGAUGCAAUGGAUGUUGCCAAAACUCACUGUAAAGUUAUUUGCACCAGAUCCAGAAAGUAAAGGAACAGAAAUAUGUGUUGUUGGUGAAUUAGAAGACCUCAGUGCCUCAAUAGAUGUACAAGAUGUCUACACUAAAGUCAAAUGUAAAAUAGAAAGCUUCAAUAUUGAUCACUACAGAAACAGCUUUGGGGAAGACUCUUGGUCUCUGGGGAAAUGUGGAGGUGUCUUCCUUUCCUGUACUGACAAGCUGAACAGACGUACAUUGUUGGUUCGACCCGUCAGCAAGCAGGACCCUUUCAGUAACUUCUCUGGCUUCUUUCCCUCUGCAACUGCAAAACUUUUGGAUGGUUCUCAUCAGCAACAUGGAUUUCUGUCACUGACUUACACAAGGGCAGUCACAAAAAAUGUCCGUCACAAAUUGAUUUCAAGAAAUGAGCGAAGAACUUCGCAUAAAUUAUCAGAAAGUUUCACUGAUGGUUCUCCUCAUUUCCUUCAUGAGAUUCUUCUCUCAGCUCAAGCAUUUGAUGUUGUCCUCUGUUUUCCUUUUCUCAAUGCAAUUGCAAGUAUAUUUCAGGCAAAACUGCCAAGAAGCCAAAAAGAGAAAAGAAAAUCACCAGGCCAACCUAUGAGGACUCAUAUUCUCACAUCUCGGAACUUGCCGCUUAUUUAUAUCAACACUGGGGUAAUCAGAAUCUUUUCCCCCAAAAUGGAGGAAUUGCAGCACAAUAUUGAAGAUAAAAAGACGAAUAAGGAAGAUACUUUGGUACUUAAAAUUGGCUCUGUAUCGAUGGCUCCUCAGGCUGACAAUCCUCUUAGUAGAGCUGUGCUGAGGAAAGACAUUUACCAGAGAGCACUGAAUCUGGGGAUUCUUCGUGAUCCUGGAUCAGAGGUGGAAGACAGACAGUAUCAAAUAGACCUCCAGUCCAUCAACAUUGGUACUGCUCAGUGGGAUCAGUUGAAGCCAGAGAAGGAGAAUGGUAAAGAAAGGACAGUGCCAGAGAAUGAAAGGAAUUCUCAGAAUCCAGCACUUGAGUGGAAUAUGGCUAGUAGCAUCAAGCGGCAUCAAGAACGAAGAGCUAUUUUAACUCCAAUUUUAACAGACUUUACAGUGCGAAUAACUGCAGCUCCUGCCAUAAUUUUCACAAAAGUAAUCUCACCAGAGAAUUUGCAUACAGAGGAAAUUUUAGUAUGUGGCCAUUCUUUGGAAGUGAAUAUGACAACAAGCCUGGAUUUCUUCCUCAGUGUGGCUCAAGUACAACUCUUACAGCAGUUAAUACAGUCUAAUAUGGUUGGACUGGAACCAUCCAAUAAAGCUGCAGAGGUUUCCAAACAGGAACAGAAAAAAAUGGAUACAUCUGAUGGAGGAAUGAUUGAAACAUCUUCACGUUACAGUGGAGCCCAAGACAGUGGCAUUGGCAGCGACAGUGUUAAAAUCAGAAUAGUCCAAAUAGAACAACACAGUGGUACCAGCCAUCACCGCAUUGCCCGUCCUUCUCGGCAAUCUUCUAUUGUGAAGAACCUGAACUUCAUUCCCUUUGAUAUUUUUAUUACAGCAAGCCGAAUAUCCUUUAUGACUUACUCAUGUGCCACCUUACCUAAAUCAAAAUCGUUGGAAGAUCACAAAGAUGGAGAGAAAGUGGCCAAAACUUCAUUAAACCUUCCUGAAGCAAACUUGAGAGUUGAGCACGAUUUCAAGAAGCCUAGUGGAGCAGGCAUUUCAUCUGUGACAGCCGAUGAUCUAUUGAAUGCUAACAGUUCACUACCUUCUGGGAAAAAAGCAGGUCUUCUAUCUCUUGAAAGUCUUCAUGCUUCUACAAGAUCAUCCGCUAGGCAAGCCUUGGGCAUAACUAUCGUUCGACAGCCUGGUCGCAGGGGAACUAGUGACUUGCAGUUAGAACCAUUUUUGCACCUUGUCGUAUCCCAACCUUCUUUGAUCUUAAGCUGUCAUCAUAGAAAGCAGAGAGUGGAAAUAUCUGUGUUUGAUGCUGUCCUUAAAGGUGUAGCUUCAGACUACAAGUGCACAGACCCUGGAAAAACUCUCCCAGAAACUCUGGACUAUUGCAAGGCAUGGUUACAGACAGUGGCAGGGGAAAUCGAUGCUAAAAGCGGCAUCCCACCUCCUCUCAUCUCAUUGCAGAUUAAAGACUUCCUCAAUGGACCAGCUGAGAUAAAUGUGGAUAUAUCAAAGCCUCUGAAAGCAAAUUUGAGCUUUGUCAAGUUGGAUCAAAUAAAACAAUUUCUGAAAAAGAUCAGAGGCAAAAGUGAUGAUGAGACUCAGGAGGAAAAUGCUUCAGCAGCUGAUAGCCUUCCAAAGAAGGAUGACACAUUAACAUCCCAGUGUUACAAAUGCCAGAUUUCUGACUCUGAAGACCAUGGUGAUGGAGGACAAAAGGCAUCCCAAGAAAACUUAUGGAUGGGCAUUUCCUUUUGUCAGAAGGUUUCUAUCCACACCACUCAGAUUGUCAUUUCUAUGGAAACUCAUCCAGAUCCUAGGAAACCCUGCCUAUUAACAUCUUUAUCAAAUCUCAAUGGAAAUUUGAAUGUCAAAGCUAGCUCGAAGAGCAAAGGAAUAAUUAAUGGAUCGUCAUUUAUGCUUGACAUCAGUGAUAUCCUAAUUAAGACAAGUGUCCAAGAAAAAAGCAGAACUCUGGUUGGACCUGUUUGCUGCUCUGUCACUGUAGAAGCCAAAUGGUGUAAACAUAGUGGUAAUCCUGGUCCAGAGCUGUCAGUUCCAAAAGUCUAUGUUGAUGUGAGAGGUGGACUGAUGCAGGUUUUUUGGGGACAAGAGCAUUUGAACUGCUUACUUCUUCUGCAUGAACUUCUGCAAAGUUACCUUGUCCAAGAAGGCAAGAUGCACGGACAGAACACCGAUCAAGCACAUUUGGUGCAGAGUCCUACAGACAGGUGCCAGGGUUCUAAAACAGAGCAUACAUCGGACGAUCUGAGAACAGGCCUGUUUCAAUACAUACAAGAUACAGAUGCAGAGAAACUACCCAGUGCCUAUGAAGUUGUGUUUUACAAUGAAACAGAGGAUAACCCAGGAAUGAUGUUAUGGAGAUACCCAGAACCCAGAGUGCUCACACUUGUGAGAAUCACUCCUGUUCCCUUUAAUACCACUGAAGAUCCUGAUAUCAGUACUGCAGACCUGGGAGAUGUUCUUCAGAUUCCCUGCAGUUUGGAAUACUGGGAUGAGCUCCAGAAGUCAUUUGUUGCUUUCAGAGAAUUCAGCCUAUCAGAAAGCAAAGUUUGUGAGCUGCCACUGCCUAAUAUCAACUUAAUGGUUGACCAAAAAGAGCUUGUAGCCUCAGAUCUUUGGAGGAUUGUCUUGAACAGCAGCCAGAAUGCAGGGGAUGACCAAAGCUCUGAAAGCGAAUCGGGCUCACAAAGUGCGUGUGAUCAGCUUGUAACUCCUACUGCACUAGCAGCCUGUACCAGGGUGGACUCCUGUUUUACCCCUUGGUUUGUGCCUGCCAUUGGCGUUUCAGUUCAGUUUGCUCAUUUGGAACUUCACCUUUGCCACCAUCUGGAUCAGUUGGGCACAGUGCCACCAAAGUUCCUUCAUCCAUUUAUCUCUGAUAAAAAUGUGCCAUCUGAACUAGAAUACUUGAUCAUUUCUUUCAAAGAACCACACAUCUAUCUAAGGCAAUGGAGUGAUGGAUCCAUCUUCAAGGAGAUCCAGUUUUCUACUAGGAUUGACUGCAAACUGUUGGAAUACCGAAAUGUAACAAUGCAGGAUGUUGUGAAGCCCUUUGGUGUCCUUGGACAGAUUGCUAUUUCUGGCAAUUUAGCGGAAAAGAUACUGGAUGGAAAUGUGAUGGUGGAUCCCAUAUUUAUAAGCUUUGGGCAACAUGCUAUUCACUCCCUGCAUAAAACCAUCCAAGCUUGGCAACAGAACCAGUGCCCUGAGGCAGAAGAGUUGGUCUUCAGCCAUUUUGUAAUCUGUAAUGACACACAGGAGACACUGCGGUUUGGCCAGGUGGAUACUGAUGAAAAUGUUUUGCUGGCUAGCCUCCACAGUCACCAGUACAGCUGGCGCUCUCACAAGUCCCCGCAGCUGCUACAUAUCUGUAUUGAAGGUUGGGGAAACUGGCGGUGGUCUGAGCCAUUCAGUGUAGAUAAUGCAGGAACAUUUAUCAGGACUAUUCAGUACAAGGGAAGGACUGCAUCACUUAUUAUCAAGGUCCAGCAGCUCAAUGGAGUACAAAAACAAAUAAUUAUUUCUGGAAGACAGAUUGUGUGUAGUUACCUCUCUGAUAGCAUUGAAAUGAAAGUUGUUCAGCAUUACACUGGGCAGGAUGGACAAGCAGUUGUAAAGGAACAUUUUGACUGCCUUGCACCCAAGCAGAAGCUGCCAUCGUAUGUCCUAGAAAACCAUGAACUAACAGAGCUGAGUGUGAAGGCUAAAGGAGAUGAAGACUGGUCAAGAGAUGUCUCUCUCGAGUCUAAAGACACUGAAUAUAGUACAGUCAUCCAGGUGCCAUCAUCAAACAAUUCCAUUAUUUAUGUAUGGUGCAUGGUUUUGACAUUAGAGGCCAAUUCUCAAGUACAACAACGAAUUAUUGUUUUCAGCCCUCUUUUUAUCAUGAGGAGCCAUCUUCCGGAUCCCAUCAUCAUACAUCUGGAGAAAAGGAGCCUGGGACUAAAUGAAAUGCAAAUUAUUCCUGGGAAAGGGCAAGAAAAACCAUUGCAAAAUAUAGAACCUGAUUUAACCCAUCACCUCACCUUCCAAGCCAGGGAAGAAGAUGAUCCUUCUGAAUGUGCAGUCCCCAUCUCAACAGCACUCAUUAAGCAGAUUGCCACCAAAUCAAAUGCAGGAGGCACUGCAAAUGAAAUACUUGCCGAUUUCUAUGGAUGCUGCAGCUCCCCCCAGUCUGUGUGGCCUUAUACUAAGAAAGAUUUUGUCAGCAGCGAACAGCUCACUCAGUGGGAUAGCCCAAUGCGAGUGAAACUGUCAGUGUGGAAGCCAUGUGUGAAAACGCUGCUGAUAGAACUCCUGCCAUGGGCUCUGCUGAUCAAUCACUCCAAGUGGGAUCUUUGGCUGUUUGAAGGCGAGAAGAUUGUCCUGCAGAUACCUUCUGGGAAAACAAUGAUACCUCCAAACUUUCAGGAAGCUUUUCAAAUUGGCAUAUACUGGGCGAACACUAACACUGUGCACAAGUCAGCAGCAGUCAAGCUGGUCCACAAUAUGACAUCACCCAAGUGGAAGGAUGGAGACAACGAGGAGGUGGUGACACUGGAUGAGGAAGGAUUUGUUGAAGCUGAGAUAAGACUUGGAGCCUUUCCAGGACACCAAAAGCUGUGUCAGUUCUGCAUUUCUUCUAUUGUUCAACGUGGUAUUCAGAUCCUGCAGAUUGAAGACAGGAGCAUCAUCAUCAAUAACACUCCAUACCAAAUAUACUAUAAGCCACAGCUAUCUAUUAUGAAGUCUCAACUAAGAGAGGAGUACUUACAAGUUCCAGACAGCAGUACAUUCAGCAUCUGCUCAGCUACAGAGACAGACACUGCCAAAGCAAGUUCUGUUGUUUUUUGGGACUUGAUUCCUGAUAUUACCCAGCCAGUUUCUGAUAUGCUCCCUCUUCAAAAGUACAUGUUGCUAAGCUUCAAACAUAGCAUUAAUUGCCGCACCAUUUCAUGUUGGAGCCCGCCAGCUGUCAUCCGGCAGGAAUUCCCAAGGCAGAGUAUAGCUAUACCCAUUGGAGGUAGAGCUGAAAAUGGAUUCUGCACCAGAGCUAUUGCGCUGACUUAUCAGGAGCAUCUUGGGGUGACGUACUUAACUCUAUCAGAAGAUCCUAGUCCUCGCAUAAUUAUCCACAACAGGUGUCCUGUCUCAUUGCUUGUGAAAGAGAACAUCAAAGACACACCAAAGUUUGAUAUUUACUGCAAGCAUGUUCCAGCUGAAAGCUCAGUACACCAUGAACUUUAUCAUCAAGUUUCCGGCUAUCCAGAUUGCAAAACCAAAGACCUGGUGCCCAGCAUCCUUUUGAAAGUUGUAUCAUCAGAGGAAUUAACAAAUGAAUGGAGUGAUUUUGUGGAUAUUAAUAACCAAGGCACACAGAUUGUGUUCUUAACUGGCUUUGGCUAUGUUUAUGUGGAUAUUGCUCAUCAGUGUGGAACAAUAAUUGUCACUUUAGCGCCUGAAGGAAGACCAGGACAACAGAUCAGUUUGAACAGAACUCAAGAGCAGAGCCUCCUUCUUAAAACGUUCAUCAGCCAGCUGAGCCUCACUGUAUAUGAUGACAUCACGAGCCCAAAAACAUCGUCUGAACUUUUGCGGUUCACAGUGGACCACAUUUACCUUCAUAUGGUUCCAGUUGCCAGCUACCUUAGGCCUCUCUCUCAUGAAUUUCACGGAGAGGCCACCAGUGGCCUUCAGCAGUUUUAUACCCUCCAUAUCUAUUGUGGAGACUUGCAGCUGGACAAUCAGCUGUACAACAAAUCCAAUUUCCAUUUUCCUGUCUUACUGUGCCAGGGAGAGAAAAAUGAAACCACACAGUGGACCAAAGUGCACAACCUCAUGGUAUCCAACAAAGAUCUGGAAGAAUAUAAUGAAAAUUCCUUCAUCAAACUCUGCCUCACUCUGUCGGAAGAGCAGAAUUUGCUGUUUCAUGUGAAUGACCUCAGCUUUGAAAUGAAACCAGCCAGGUUAUAUGUAGAAGACACAUUUGUUUAUUACAUUAAAACUUUAUUUGAGACCUACCUGCCAGACAGCAAAGGCAUUUGCCAUUCUGUAGAAGCCUCAGCUAUUAGCCGGAUACUUCCCGAAGCAGUAAGGCAGCAUGCAAAUGCUUUAGCCAAUCCAGUGAAAUUAAGGAAGUUAGCAAUCCAGCCGGUGAGCCUCUUGGUCAGCAUCCAUGCUUCCCUGAAGCUCUAUAUUGCUUCAGAUCACACUCCUCUCUCCUUCUCUGUGUUCGAACGAGGACCCAUUUUUACAACUGCCAGGCAGCUCAUUCAUGCAUUGGCCAUGCAUUAUGCUGCAGGAGCAUUAUUCAGAGCAGGAUGGGUUGUUGGAUCUCUGGAGAUUCUUGGCAGCCCAGCCAGCUUGGUAAGAAGCAUAGGGAAUGGAAUUGCCGAUUUCUUCAGGCUCCCAUACGAAGGGCUAACCCGUGGUCCUGGAGCCUUUGUUAGCGGAGUAUCCAGAGGAACAACAUCAUUUGUAAAACACAUUUCCAAAGGUACGCUGACAUCAAUUACGAACCUGGCAACAAGCCUUGCUCGGAAUAUGGAUCGACUGUCCCUGGAUGAGGAGCAUUACAACCGGCAAGAAGAAUGGAGAAGGCAACUCCCUGAGAAUCUGGGAGAAGGACUGAGACAAGGCCUCUCUCGGUUAGGCAUCAGCCUUCUAGGUGCGAUUGCUGGUAUUGUAGACCAGCCAAUGCAGAACUUCCAAAAAACGUCAGAGGCCCAGGGUUCAGCUGGACUCAAGGCCAAAGGUGUUAUCUCUGGUGUGGGGAAGGGAAUCAUGGGAGUUUUCGCUAAACCCAUUGGGGGAGCAGCUGAGCUAGUAUCACAGACCGGCUAUGGUAUUUUGCAUGGAGCUGGACUUUCUCAGCAUCCCAAACAGCGUUAUCCUCCAAGUGAUCAACAUGCUGAGCAGGCACCAAACAGCCACGUCAAAUACGUCUGGAAAAUGCUUCAGUCUCUAGGGAGGCCAGAGGCCCACAUGGCCUUGGAUGUGGUAAUUGUGAGUGGAUCAGGCCAAGAACACGAAGGAUGUUUGCUGCUUACCUCAGAGGUGCUGUUUGUGGUUAGUGUCAGUGAAGACACACAGCAACAGGCAUUUCCAGUGACAGAAAUUGAAUGUCUACAAGACAGCGAACAAAGCAACCUGCUGAAGGUGCAACUCAAGCAGCAAAGAGUCCCUUCUGAUUUGGAGGCAGAUGGAGUAAGAGAGAGAUUGUCUGAACAGCAGUACAACAGACUUUUGGACUACAUCACAAAAUCAUCCUAUCACUUUGUUCCCAGCACUUUAUCUGCGCAAACCACAGCACAAGUGGUAGCUGCCGAACCCAUUCCUACAACAGUUAAGACUUACCAGUACCUUGUUGAUCCUGUUUUUGCCCAAGUAUUCAUCAGUAAAUUUACUAUGGUAAAAAAUAAAGCCUUGAGAAAGGGGUUUAAUUGAGAACACCCAGUGGCAAGACUUGUUUUCAAUUUUUAAAGUAACAUCUAUGCAGUUGCCUAAUGUGAACUUUUAAUUUCACAUUGUAUCAAACACAUGUGUUUAAACUUUGUGGCUGGUAUAGUAGGGUAGCACUUAAAAAACAAACAAACCCACAAUAGUCUUAUUUUUUGCCCAGCCUAUAUGAAAUGUACUGAUUCUCAAUCUCUGUGCAUGAGGCAAAAAUUCAGGAAAUAUUAGUGAUGCAAACCUUGUUAUAAGCUAAGCUGUCUAGUAAAGGGAAAUGUAGCAGCCCUAUAGAAUGACAGUGAACACGUUCAGUCCAUUCUUUUAACUGGAAAUCAGACAGGCAAGGAGAAGCAAAACUCUGCAUGUUGCAGUGUUCUUGUCCCAGAAAGAAUAUCUGUGUUCUCUGUGUCCUAUUUUAGGGUCUGCCAGUUUCUAUUAUAAGCAGAAUUUAUAACUCAGCUGUAAAAACUAGCUCAGGGCUGAAACUUUUACCCUAAGUUUUCCAUCCAAUAGCAAAACAUUUACUCCCACUCCAACUGAAAGCAUUGAAGUGGCUGUUUUAAGUUACUAGUGACAGCUGGGUUUUAGCACUGCUUCAACCUUAUAAUAGCCUUCUUUAUUUGACUGAAAUUCUGCAGGACUUUAGUCCUUAAUAUAAACUAGUGCCUUUGUGUAGUUUGGAGAGCAAAAUGGUAACUACGGCAUUAAUUUAUUUUUGAAACUUCCUGUCUGUAGUAAUCUUAUUCCCCAGCAGAUUUUUCUUAAGACUUUUGAAUGUAUAUGAUGUUGUGGAUUGUUGGGCAAUACAUAAUUAUGCAAGGUAUGUCAUCUCUUAUUAUUGUGGGACCAGUAAUAUGCAUCAUAUCAAUUUUAGGAGUGGUGUUCAGUCAAGUGUAC